AUGGCUACCCAGCAAGGAGCUCCAUCCCGUCCAUGGUUCCGAUUAGCCACCAUGGCUCGUCCACCUCCAUCUGCACCAACCCCUCAACCCCCUUCCCCACCCCAACCACGCCCACCCUUCAUUCGACCCGCAUUCACUCAAGCCCCACCUCCUCCACAACCACCUGCUAAUGCUGUAGCACCACAACCAUCAUCACCUACACUUCCCAAGGACUCACGCCCCGUGCCUCCUUCCUCAAACCCUCGCACUCCACCAUUGCAACCAUCUCUACCUCCAUCAGCAGUCGCAACUUCCUCUCCGCCAUCACGUUCCACCGCACCAUCUUUGACAGCUACUAUGGCCCCAACCAUCAACCGAGCUGCCACUCCAACAUCUUCCCCUCCAAAAACUGUCAAACCACUAGAAAAAACCUCACCUCCAUCUCCUAACAUCAAGCCUCUUUCUCACCCUCCAUCUCCAUUGGCUCUCCCUUCACCACAACUUAAGUCCUACCAUGCACCACAAUACGAUCAAAAGAGCGUACUUGUACAAGAAACAAAAGAAAAGCCUAAAGCUAAUUUGAACAAUGGUGACCUUCGUAGACAUAUGGCUCCCGAUACUCAUAACCCAAUAAAUGGAGCACCCAAAAAACCAGAAGCUUCUAAAAACCACCUGGACUCUGAGGAUCUUGGGAUGACGAUUAUAACAAUUUCAGGUGAAAACAAAGGAGCUAUCAUGGACUUCACCCCUUUUGGCAACAAGACUCAUAAGUUUGGAAACAACCCACACAGCCUCCACAUGAAAAAAGACAAUCCGACUGCUUCAAGUGAUGGCGACAAGUCGGGAACUAAUUCAGAUGGCAAGUCGAAGGCGAAGAACAAGAAUCAGAAAUCAAAGUCACCACUCAUCACUACUGCAGUCAUGAAUAGUAACGUACAGGGUGUAAACAAUUCGAUUCUCUACAAUUGUUCCACCACUCAUCAUGACCCUGGUAUCCAUCUCUCUCUCUCAAGGAAGCCCAGUGGUGGCCAUCGCUUUUUACUCAAGGAUCACAUAAACUAG